CUCUCUCUCGGCUACGAGUUUUCUGGGUGAUGAAUAAUUAAAUUAAGCUUCUCUGCUUUAAUGGAAGAAGGACCUCCUUGACACACCCACACACACACACACACACACACCUCUCUCUCUCUCUCUCUCUCUCUCUCUCUCUUUGCUAUUCCUCUUCUACAGUUUGCAAAAUUAUUCUCUUCCUCUUCUGAGAUUCGUUACUUUCGAUCGUCUUCUUCUUCUUCUUCCUCAUAAGCUUUCCAUUUUCAUCUACGAUUUGUCUUCUCUUGAGGUAAAGCAGCAGCUUUGCUUUGCAGUUUCAAGGUAAGUAUUUAUCCAAUGUCUCCGGAAGAGGAGCUACAGAGCAAUGUCUCUGUAGCUAGUUCUUCACCUACUAGCAAUUGCAUCUCCAGAGGAACCACUGUAGCAUUAAAAGAGCAUAACUACUUGGGUCUCUCUGAUUGUUCUUCUUCUGUUGGAAGCUCCACUCUCUCCGCGGGUCUUACCGAAGAUGACAAAGCUAGUAUCAGCCUCAAGGCUACUGAGCUUACACUUGGCCUUCCUGGAUCACAGGCGAGAGACACAGAUCUUAACUUGAUGAAGAACUCAGUAAAGCUAGAUGAGAAGCCGUUCUUUCCUUUGCUUCCUUCUAAAGAUGAGAUUUGUUCGUCUUCACAGAAAAACAAUGCCUCAGGAAACAAGAGAGGCUUCUCUGACACCAUGGAUCAGUUUGCUGAAGCUAAAAGUUCAGUUUAUACUGAGAAGAACUGGAUGUUCCCUGAAGCUGCAGCGACCAAGUCUGUUACAAAGAAGGAUGUGCCUCAAAGCAUACCGAAAGGACAGUCAAGCACUACGAACAACAGCUCUAGUCCACCUGCAGCUAAGGCACAAAUUGUUGGUUGGCCUCCUGUGAGAUCCUACAGGAAGAACACAUUGGCCACCACUUGUAAGAACAGUGAUGAAGUUGAUGGGAGGCCAGGUUCUGGAGCCCUUUUCGUGAAGGUUAGUAUGGAUGGUGCUCCUUAUCUGAGGAAAGUUGACCUGAGGAGCUACACUAACUACGGGGAGCUUUCUUCAGCUUUAGAGAAAAUGUUCACCACUUUCACUCUUGGUCAAUGUGGAUCUAAUGGAGCUGCUGGCAAGGAUAUGCUUAGUGAGACCAAGCUAAAGGAUCUUUUGAAUGGAAAAGACUAUGUGCUCACUUAUGAGGACAAGGAUGGAGAUUGGAUGCUUGUUGGAGAUGUUCCAUGGGAGAUGUUCAUUGAUGUCUGCAAGAAGCUGAAGAUAAUGAAAGGCUGUGAUGCCAUUGGGUUAGCUGCAGCUCCGAGAGCAGUGGAGAAAUCGAAGAUGAGAGCUUAAAGAUGGAACAUGAUAAUGACCAAGCUUUCUAAUUAUAUAUACAAAAUAUGUGCGAUCUUUUGGCGGUGUUUCUUUUUAAAUUUGGAAACAUCGAUAUCAAUUUAGUAGUUUCUGAGAUUUAAGAAAAAAAAAAAGUAAGUAGGACUACGUUUGUAAGGAAAAAUGAAGAAGAAUUAAAAAUGAUCUUAUUUUGUUUGUUGAUUUAGUCGAACCAGUAAACUGGUCGUUGCUUCGUUAAUGUUUUUUGGUUUGUUUUGGAUGUGUGUUUCACUUU